AGUCCAACCACAAUAAAGAUUCAGUUAGUCUUUAGUUGAGAGUCAAUCGUAUAACAUCGUUUAUCGCGAAGGUCUUAAAAAAACAUUUCUACAAAAGGUAUCGAAUGAUAAAAUUGUGAAUCAGAAUCGAAUGUGUGUAUAAUCGAUUAAAAAGUGAAAUAUUUAUUGUUAACCGUUAAAGAAAGUAAAUAAAAAGAGGAACACACAAAGAAGAAUUUUAUUAGUUUCAGAGUGUUGUGCUGCAAAUAUUUGCAAUAUGAAGAAAAUUUUAGCAGUUUUAAUUUUGACGAACAUUAUUGUGCUGGCUUAUACGGCUAGUAUUUUUGAUUAUCUAACUGAAGAUCCACAAUCAAGAGAUUCCGAAACUAAAAAGAACUGCUUAUGCAAUGGCCCAUCUUGUAUCUGCUGUCUGGACUUUAAUAUGUCUUUCAUCGAUCUAGGUGGUCCGGGAUGCGUUCGUAUGAACUAUAUAUCUGCCGAAGAAGGCAUCGCUAUCAAUGUGUCGUACGGUUCCAGUCUGUUACAUAGUCAAACCGUAAAGGGACCUGAUCCAGCACCAACUUGUUUGAAUAUUUUCACUCAAUUGGCGCAAAUGUGUGCUCGAUUCAGUGAAUUGCUGCCUACCGAUGACGGACUUCGUGGAUGCAUCAAUUUGGAACCAAUGCUGUUGGGAGAAGCACAACUGGAAUUACCCGUUGGAUGCUUCAAAAUGGGUCCAAAUGGAAUGGAAGUUAUUGAGUCAUCGGUGCAAGUGAUCAACGAACAACAACCAAAAGAUCCAAACGCACAACCAAUCGAAUCAGCGGACGAUGACGAAGAAGAAGAAGAUACUACGGAAACAAAUGCCGGCAAUGAUACUAUCGCUGGGUAUAAUACCGCUGAUAUACUAGCAGCCGUGAAUGCAUCAGCAGAAGAGGGUAUCGCACUUAUUUCGAACUGGUUGGGAUUGACAGGAAACAAAUCUCAAAAUGAAACCGUCACCGAUCAGGUUCCGCCAAACAAUCAACAACAAUAGAGUCUAAGCGAAUAUGCACAUUUUCUUAAACUUUUUGACGAUCUCUCUGAGUAAUUUAUUAAUUUAUUUUUUGUAUUUAAUAAACGUGUUGUUAACCACA